AUGGCACAAUUUUCCUCUAGUAGCGGUCAAAUAGACGUGUCGUGUUCUUCGGUGGUGGAUACUAGCUCUAAUACACCGCUAGUGUUGCCAAGCACAACAACAGCCCCUGUCAAAGAUUCGAACGCCAUCAUUUUUAGUAUUAUUGGAGUCAUUAUUUUCGUUGCUGCCGUCGUCAGUGCAAUUAUAAUUAUAUUCAGAAGAAAACAUAAAAGCAAUAAAGAGUCAGCGGGGUUUGAAAAUCGCACGUAUGGUAAAAGUGGGUUACAACGAACCGUUGAUGAGAGUGUUACUAACCUGCAAAAUGAACAGCUCAUAAACAUUGGGACCACAGACCAAUACGACCAAUACAAGGUAUCUGAUAAAAAGCCGAAUGCUGCAGAUUGUAACGCGGAGCAAUGUUAUUCCACUAUUGAUGAGAACUACCCCACUGAUUCAUACGCAGGCCCAUAUUAUAGCAUCAAAUCAGUCCCCGGACAAAGGACCGAACACAAAUUAUAUGUUCUUGAAACACAACUUGGAUGUGGGCAAACAGAUGCGUCAAAUGUACCAGGGAACAGCAAAAAAGUGCAAGAUACUGAUUUCGAGACAUACGAUCACACCAACGUUGAAGAUAAGGUUUUACCUUUAAAUGAAUAUAGUUAUCUUCGUAACGUGGACAAAUAUGCCACUGACGCCUCUGAAACGUAUGACAAAAUGUUGGUUCCAAACGUCAGAGCAUUCACAACAAUUGAGGAUGAAAGUAACGAUGAAACAUAUGCUGUUACUAAGUUCUGAAAUUAUGUCGCUUGUAAUGUCAUUACAUGUAGUUAACAAACAAUAUACUUUUAAUUCAAUAAACUUAUACAUUUAUGAAACUUUCCA